CUGAAUCCCAGUGAAAUCGUACCCUAUGCUAUGAGACAGUACUUGAUUUUGCCCAAACUGUUUACAUUAGCGCAUUUCCUUUUUGAGCCUAAUAUUAGCCCAGGUAACAGUGACAGGUAAAGCUAGAUGAAUACCUGGAUAAAACAGCCAAUUCCCACCCACAGCUGCUUUAAACAGAACAGAAUUAUUUAAACACAUAACCCUUACAAAACCGCCGGUUUUCCCCUAGGAAACCGUUUGGCGAACUGGACAGCCGACUCAGACAACAAGUCAAUGCGUCUCCAUUGGACUUCAUAAUUACUAGCCACGCUGGUCUUUUAUUUUGAAAGGUUUGUCUGGCUCUUCUCCCGUUCUGUCCUCGCUAACCUUCCUGUGGAAGGCGGCCAGCUCUACGGUCUGAACUCAACAACAAGCCGUCUCAGGCACUUUUCUUUUUCUCUCCCUCUGUUUUUUCUGCCGCUCUCCUCGCGUUCACAGUGAGUGGGUGUGUCGGUGUGGGCCAGCGGAGCCGAGCCGCGGCUUGUGCGCACUCUGAAAAAGAGGAAAAAGUUGGUGAUGAGUUUAGUGUGAAGGCGGCAGCCUCGGAGCAGGCUAACCGUCCAGAGAUGGCAGUGUGGACCAGAGCGGACAAAAACGGUCAGCUGGACCUCCUGCUCCGCGACCGCUGGAUCCGAGUGGCCGCCGAGCUCACCCGUGAAACGCUGACUUUGACGGCCGAAGCGGACGUCACCGGACAGGGGGGCAGUCACUGGGACUACAGCAACUCUUCGGCGGGCCUGCGAAAUGGCAUGUCGAACGGAAACUACCCGAGUCCGGGAGUCCACGGUCCGUCCUCAAGUAAAGACCAACUCCAGAGCCAGAACCAUGGGGGACGAGGGCGCAGCUUAAACAGCCCUGGAAAGUACCCGAAUAACGGCAACUCGGAAUUCGGAAGUUCCAGCUCGAGCUAUGGUAGCCCCGGGUCCAACUUCCCGGCGAGUUUGGACGGUUCCUCGGAAGCCGUGCGGAAGGUCAGAGUUGUUAAGCAGGAGUCUGGAGGGUUGGGGAUCAGUAUCAAGGGUGGGCGAGAGAACCGGAUGCCCAUCCUCAUCUCCAAGAUUUUCCCGGGGCUUGCUGCAGACCAGAGUCGGGCUCUCCGAGUGGGCGAUGCGAUUCUGUCGGUGAACGGGAACGACCUCCGUGAGGCAACACACGACCUGGCGGUGCAGGCGCUUAAGAAGGCGGGCAAAGAAGUGACGCUGGAGGUGAAGUACAUCCGUGAGGUUUCUCCACUCUUCAAGAAGCCGUCCCUGGUGUCCGAUCUGCCGUGGGACGGCGUCCGCCCACAGUCACCCAGCUACAGUGGCAGCGAGGACUCGCCCAAACGCAGCAACUCCUCCUCGUCCAAAGACAGAAAGGUCAUCGGCCUGAGGAUGUGCUUCAUCCGCAGGAAUCUCACCAUGCCCGAUCUGGAGAACAGACUGCUGGAGCUCCAUUCCCCAGAUGGCCAGCACACAGUGGUGCUGCGUUGUAAAGAUGGCCCCACCGCCAACUCCUGGUUCACCGCUGUCCACACUAACAUUGCUGCCUUGCUGCCUCAGACCCUGGUUCACAUCAACGCCUACCUGGGGGCCACGUCAUCGACCUCCACACACCCCCACCUUAAACACAUUGGCUGGUUGGCCGAACAGGUCCAACUGGAAGGUGGACGGACGCAGUACAAACCGGUGGUUAUGGCACUGACGGAGAAGGACAUUCUUCUGUUUGAAUCGGUGCCAUGGAGCAGAGAGGCCUGGUCCGUGCCUCUGCUUACACACCCACUGUUGGCCACCAGGCUGGUCCAUUCUGGCAGUGUCCAGGGAUCUCCUGCCCAGGGCUCAGACCUGGUGUUUGCCACUCGGACAGGCACGGGCCGGGGCAUCGAGUCCCACGUCUUCCGAGUGGAGAGCCACUGGGAUUUGUCUUCCUGGACUCGAGCCCUCGUGCAGGGGGCACACACUGCCGCGGAGCUCAUCAAGGAAGUCUCCAUUGGUUGCACAUUGAACAGGCAGGACGUUCGGCUGAUCCUGCACUAUGAGAAGGGCUUCACUGUGACAAGAGAGCCGGCUGACCCACCUGGGGGCACUGUGCUGUACAGAUACCCCUACGAGAAGCUCAAAAUGUCCGCUGACGAUGGAAUACGCAAUCUUUACCUUGACUUUGGGGGCCCAGAGGGAGAAAUGGUAUUUGACCUCCACUCUGGUCCAAAGCCAGUGGUGUUUGUCCUCCACUCCUUCCUGUCAGCCAAGCUCACUCGUAUGGGCCUGUUGACGUGAAGCAACCAACAACAGCGGUGUGGAUGAGAGGAUGGGCCUACGCACAGUGGGGAUGGGAGGAUGCCUCUAAAAUACCAAUCAUGUGAUUAACGUUUUUAUUUUAGCUUUUCCAGUUUUCUUCUUUCACAGCUGAAGUUAAGCUUGAGGUGAUGCUGCAGUGAAAAUGAGUUGUAUUGUUGAUUGUCUCAAAAAAAACGCCUUCUCUUCCAGUUUCUCCUCGGCCACCUGCAGCAAUUGCAAGGCCAGGUGAACGUAGGUGACACUUUGUUUGGCGACAUGAGGUGUUGGAAAAUAGUUGCAACACACAAAGAUUAGCUCUUAACAAUCUCAUAACAUUCCAUAUAAAAUUGUAAUCAUUGUCAUUAUCCAAUAUGAUGUAAAAAGAAAAAGAUGCUGAGAUGAGUUUGAGAUUACAUCACCAGUUUGCUUCAGGCUAAGUGUUAAAAGGAACAAGUUUAAGAUGAUGAACACACAGCCAAGCACAGAUAGGUAAUUCAUCCUUUCUUUACUCUGUCAUUCCACGACAGCCUUCCAAUGUACUUUGGGCUCUUUUUAAUGGAUUUGUUUGUCUUUGUGCAAGUGGCUGAAGCUGUUUUAGUCACAUUGCAGUUACUGAGCAGAGAUUGUGUGAAUGAAAAGAGGUCCGUGUGUGUCUGUCUGUACUACAUGCUUCUCUUGGCUUGAUAGUGUGCCUGCUUUUUGACAGACUCACCUUUUCACACAUUAUCCCAAGCUACUGUUGUAAUCAGGAGCACCAACUAUGCCUUUUUACAUGUGGUCAAGACUCUUUGUAAUGUUUCCUGUUUCAGGAGCGCCAACUGUGCCUUUUUACAUGUGGUCAAGACUCUUUGUAAUGUUUCCAGUUUCACACAGUGAGAGAUUUUUAAGCUUUUGACACACAAGCAAUAGUAUUACUCUUAUAGUGUAAACAUUACUUUUUUGUCAUUAGUUUUUUAAGUGUAUAGCUCAUGAUAGCAUGACUCGCUGACAUUGAACUCUGUAUCAGAUGAUGGUAUAUGACAUGACAGUGUAUUACCUCCCAUUUAGUACCUACACUACCACAUUGUCUACAUCUCCAUGUCCCUGCCAUCUCCUUUCAUUCCUCUGCUUGAGAUUACUUGUCUCUUGUCACCAUUCCCACAUCAUGUCCCUGGCCAGCAGGCUUGUUUUAAGGUGGGCCAUCACUUGACAGAGGUACCAGUGUAUGUUAAUAAUUUAUAUUAGAUUAUUAUAUAAUAAUAAUAUUAUGUUAUAUUAUAUUAUUCCCAAGGUCAAGAAUGAACUUGUAUGAUUGUAUGAAACCUGAAUUGAACUCGUUAGCAAACACUGUCAUGGCAGCAGUUUGUUUAUCUGAUGUCUUUGUGAUGGUUGGACAACUUUUUUUUGCUCGUUUAUGAAAGCAAACCUCUAACCAUAUAGCUCCUAGACCUACAUAUAUAACUCUUUUUCAAGCUAUGAUUGAGUGGCUCUGUUAAAAGAUAAGCAUACUUUGCUUCCCUUAAAACAAUAUGCAUAUGUGGGAGGUUUGAGCUAUAUUUGUCCUGACAUGAAGUCCUCUUCUGUCAUCCUACUAUUUCACAAUGCUUUUCAUUUCAUGUUAAUCACGCUUCUCCAACUGGCUGCAUAGAAUUGAUUGUCUGAAGCUGGUCAACCUUCAACAAGCUAUAGGCGGUGCCUCUUUGAGCUUGAAUAACUAACCUGUGCACUAAAUAACCCCUUUAAACCUGUGAAUGUACUCUUCUCUUCCUUGUAAUGUUUUUUAAAGCCUCCUUGCUCUUUAUUUCUGAAAUUGUGGCUAUCCCGUCUAUACAAAGCAAUGCUUCUACCAAAAGUAAUAUCUGUGGCAGCUUGCGUCCAACACAAUCAUUAAACUGAAAGGUUACAAGAGGAUAAGGUGCUGCUGCAACAACCAGUCAUAUGCAAAGUAUUUUAAACUUCCUUCCAAGAUACAGUAUACAAGGUAUGAUUGUAAUAAUCUCAAAUGUAAAUACCUACCAAUAAAACUGUUUUAAUUUCGUGUGUGGUUUGUUGUGAGGGUUAGAACAUUUAGAUGUUAUGUCCUGUAAUACAGACAGUACUGUACUUCGAUUCAUUCAUUGUGGGGUAUAAGUAUGGAGGACCAAAACUUUAUAUUUGAUUAUGGCAGUUUUGGUCCUCCAUAAUUAUAUAUGUACUU